CAGACAUUUAAAACGCACCCGACGGUUUGUUGACUUUUUAAUCAGAGAUAAACGAGUUGGUCACAAAGCCGAACAGCAGCUGAUCGUGUUGGUAGCUGCUUUUAUACGAUCGUUUAAAGCGGGUUGUUGAUUAUCUGCGAUCGAGGCUCGGCUGUCGGUUACCAUGGCUCACUUUGGUUUUGAGAAUGACCUGCAGAGCGUGUUGAAGCUGGACAUGCCCAUCACCAACGCCCCGAUGGCCAGGUGGCAGAGGAAAGCCAGCACAUCCACCUCCACCACCACCACCACCUCAAGCGCCUUGUCACCCAACAAAAGCACAAACCGGCCUCUGAGCACGUCCAAAACACCGAGCAAAACACCAGGGAAGAACGGUAAGAGCCAAAGUACACCCUCCAAGGCUGGAGGAGAUCGAUUCAUCCCUGUAAGGAACGCCAAACAGAUGGACGUGGCAAGUUACCUCAUCUCAAAGGAAAACGAACCUGAGGAAACCAUUCCGUCAUCUACACAAACCAAUCAGAAGGCCUGGUCUGUGACUCUGAAUGGAUACGACCUAGAGGAGGCCAAAAUCCUGCAUCUGGGAGGAAAGCCAAUCAAUGCCCCUGAAGGCUACCAGAACAACUUAAAGGUCCUGUACAGCCAAGUUCCCACACCCAUGUCUCUGAAAAAGAGCCGCUACAUAUCUUCAGUUCCAGAGAGGAUCCUGGAUGCCCCUGAGCUCAGAAAUGACUUCUAUCUGAAUCUGAUGGACUGGGGCAAACUGAACGUUCUGGCCGUAGCUCUUUCGGAGUACGUGUACCUGUGGGAUGCUGCACUGGGGCAGAUUGUGCUGCUGAAAAAGAUGGAAGAGGAGAACAGCUACAUCUCCUCCGUCUCCUGGAGUAAAGAUGGAAACUUCCUGGCCAUCGGGACUAGCGACUGCAAAGUGGAGCUGUGGGACGUUCAGUGUCAGAAGCGUCUGCGCAGUAUGGACGGUCAUCGUGCCAGAGUCGGCUGCUUGAACUGGAACGAUCACAUCCUGUCUAGCGGUUCCAGAUCUGGUUUGAUCCACCAGCAUGAUGUCAGAGUAGCAGAUCAUCACCUGUCCACACUCAGGGGUCACACGCAGGAGGUGUGCGGUCUCACCUGGUCUCCAGAUGGCCGCUAUUUAGCCAGCGGUGGAAACGACAACCUGGUGAACAUCUGGCCAAGCGUGCAGGGUGGAGCUCAGGUGGCUCUGCACUCGUUCAGCGAACACCAAGGCGCCGUGAAGGCGUUGGCAUGGUGUCCAUGGCAGCCAAGCAUACUGGCAUCAGGAGGAGGAACCAGUGACCGACACAUUCGCAUCUGGAACGUCAACAGUGGCUCAUGUGUCACUUCGUGGGACACACAAUCUCAGGUCUCAUCUCUCGUGUUUGCACCAAACUACAAAGAGCUCGUCUCUGGCCAUGGUUUUGCCCACGACAAGAUCUUCAUCUGGAAAUAUCCCUCACUCGCUAAAGUGGCUGAGCUCGAAGGUCACGAAGGCCGUAUCCUGAACAUGGCCCUCAGUCCCGACUGCUCCAUCCUGGCCUCCAUCAGCUCAGACGAAACCAUCCGACUGUGGAAGUGCUUUGAGAAAGAUCCCACCAAAAAACCCAAGCCUGCAAGCAGCAGCAGCAUCAUCCAGCAGCGCAUCCGCUGAGCAGCGUUUUAAUCCUGUUUACAAAUCGCUAAAUUAUGUACAAAUGAGUUCUUGUAAAUUUGAAAUAAAGGUUUGGUUUUGGUUUUUCA